UUUUCAGGGUUACCUUUUCGAUUUUUUUCUCAUCUUCGAGGAUUGUUCUGUCAAUUUGAAUUCCAAUCAUCGAAUUUUCAAGUUUAGAAUGAAAAAUUCGAUUUUGAGGUCUGAGGAAAUGACAUAUAUAAACCCAGCGAUCUACGUAGAGCCAAGGAAAAAUAAUGAUCGAAAAUAUAAGCGUGAGAUCGUUUGCGAAACUAGUGGAGAUGGUGCGGAAUUGUCUGUGGGUUUACCGAGGUUUUCCCUGGGGGGUAGUCCCCAGGUGUUGAACGCCUGUCGGUCGCAGUCAGCAAUGUCAUCGAUAACUCCAUCCCUGUCGUCGAUGAGCCAGACCAGGUCGAGGGUCGAGCGUCGCUGUGUGAUUGACGAGGGGAGGAACGAGGGUGCGGAGAAUUCAGAGCCGAUCCAAAGAUACACUGUAAAUGGCGAGAGGGUGCAGAUAUCAGCGUCUCUCUCGAGUCUCUCAUCUCGUGAUCACUCGACAGUGUCUCUCCCACGACAGCUGGCCCACGAGGAGUGGGUCCAGAAGAAGAAACUCGAGUCCCAACGUCUCAAGAGAGAAUCCGAGAGACUCCAAUCGGAGCGAAAAGCUGAGGAGGAGAAGAACCUCCGGGAACAGGAGGAACGCGAGCGCAGGGAGCACGAGAAUUUCUUGUUAUGGACCAGGAGGAAAAAUCAGGAGGAAGCCAGGAGGCGGAAAUUGAUGGAUAAGGAACGCGAGCUGACCGAGAAGCUGAAGGAAAUCGAGGAGAAAGCUGCGGUUGGCAAGGAGUUGUGCCUCCUGCAGUGGUCCCUCAAUAAAAAUAAAGUCCAGAGGGUUCAAAAAGAGGAACAAGAGCGCAAGUUGAUUCAACUUGAGGAAGAGAAAAAGAGAAGAAUGCAGGAGAGUGUGAAAGCCUUCGAUGAAUGGCGGGAGAAAUCAAAGAACACACCGAGACCUGCCACCCAGGGACUGCUGGCUCAUCAAAAAGCCAAGCCCGCAUACGUCAACCCCAUCCCCUGGAUUGGAGAGGAAACAACUCAUGAAAUAUCCAGGAAUACGCGACAAGACAUUCCUAAAUCUACUGGAGUUAUCAGGAACCCAAGGAACGCACGAUAUUUUUCCAAUCAAUAA